GUGCAAAAGGUCAGAGGGAGGUUUGGAUUGCGUUUAGCAGAAUGUGAGUUCAGUUAAAUACAAGACAGAGCACAGAGAGGCGCAGAAGGAGAGAGCAAGCUCAUUUGCUAAGUCAAUAAGAAGACAAGGAGAACAAGUAUCCCAGGCGAAUGGACUCAAUGGAGAAAUAUACAGUACAAAGACCAGUUUGUCACUAAACCAUCUGCCCAGGACUCUCCAUUCUGUUCAUGCCGGUUUAAAUAGCAGCUACCCUGCACGGGUCUAGCUUCACUCUCCUGGUUUUGCAUUUUUUGUUGCUUUGGGAGAGGCAAAGGUGGGGAUAUAUGAUGAAGUUCAAGCCUAACCAGACAAGAACUUAUGACGGGGAGGGUUAUAAGAAGCGAGCGGCAUGUUUGUGUUUCAAGAACGAACGGGAGGAAGAGGUCCCAGGCAGCGUGAUGUCUCGGCCAAUCAGGGGUUUUACGAGUGCCCCUUACAGAAGCCUCAGAUGCUGGGUUUUGCUGGUUAGCAGUAGUCGGCACCCGGACCAGUGGAUUGUGCCAGGUGGAGGCAUGGAGCCCGAGGAGGAGCCUGGUGGUGCUGCAGUCAGGGAAGUUUAUGAAGAGGCUGGUGUGAAAGGCAAGUUAGGAAGGCUGCUGGGAGUUUUUGAGCAGAACCAAGACAGGAAGCAUAGAACAUACGUAUACAUUCUCACAGUGACAGAGACCCUUGAAGACUGGGAGGAUUCUGUUAAUAUAGGAAGAAAGAGAGAAUGGUUUAAAAUAGAAGAUGCCAUUAAAGUUUUACAGUGUCACAAACCGGUUCACGCGGAAUACUUGGAAAAACUGAAACUGGGCUGCUCUCCCACCAACGGCAACUCUGUGGUUCCCACCCUUCCUGACGACAACUCCACUCUGUAUGUGACCUCAUCACAGACUCCUGGAAAGCCUUCCACUGUGAGAUAAACGGACAGUCACAGCCUAUCCCACACUGGAGAGGGGACACUGCACUCACAGGAGAGUAGGGACAUCUGACCCAGGAUUCUCAUGUAAAAUGUAUCCAUAAAACAAAUACAUUUGCAUGAAAUCUUGCAGUGUUAACACUAGUGUUUUUUUUUGUUUUGAUUUUUUAAGUAUAAUUUUUAAAAUAAUAUUUCAACAAACCAAAGCCAUACCUGGAAUUGUGUUAACAAUGUUUUGUUAAGGAUGCCUUAAUUGGCCUUUUUUUAACUCUGCUUUUUGGGGAUUUUUUUAAAACAGUCCUAUACAGUACAUGAAAGGGUCUUUAUGAUUCAACACCUCUGUUUUAAUUAUACUUGAAAUUAACAAAUGCUGUAUUCGUGAACUUGGAGAUUUGCAGACACAGCUGUAAUCAUAUUGGGGAAAUAAUGUACACUGGCUUUUUGGUAAGAAAACGAAACAGGUCCUUAAAUUCAAUAGAUUUAUUGUCCUAUUUGAACAAUUGACAAAUUUGUAUAUAUUGUUACAUGUGUCUGCUAAAGAAGCUACCCCUGUCAGACUAGCAUUGGGAACUUUAACCUUAUUUAAUGCUGGAUGAUGCAUGGUGCCAGUAAUAUGGGUGUAUUCUAAUAAUGUAAACAGUGGCAGAUCUUAAUACCUUUACCCUAAAAUGUACACACUUUUUCGAGGACCUCCUUUCACUGUAAUAUGUAAUAAUGUUAAUAAAGAAUCAGCAGGGUAAAAACUUCUGUAUUUAGAUCUGCUGCUGUUUACAUCAGUAAAAUAGACCCUAACCUCGUCCACCAAUUGAUCAAUUCUGAGUACUCCAAAGCUACCUCAAUAUUUUAACAAAUUACAGAUGUCCAUUUAAAUGUCUGACCCAAAUAAUAAUAACAAAACAGCACAGCUGUGAGGAACCCAUAAAAACACAUUAGACAGACUGUAAAAGUAUGUUCCAGAACAAAUAUAUAUAUAUAUAUAUAUAUAUAUAUAUAUAUAUAUAUUUACAAAUGUAGUUAAUAUAUUACACUGUAUUAGGUCUUGAACCUUCAAUUUCAUCGACUCACUGGUUUCGUUUUCUCCUGUUAGAGCCACUGGAGCGAAGUAUAUUACAGCCAAAUAUUUCCUAAAUUAAAUUAAACAAAUUAUGCCAAAUCACAUUUACAAAAUUACACAAAUAAGGUUUGUAAAUAUUUCAAGAAAAUAGGACUGGAAUGGUCUUGUGUGGUUUGUACCUUAAUACAUAAAAAAGGAAGUUGGAAAUUUUAGUUUUUUUCUAUGCUUUAUUUUCUAUUAAUGUAUACUUCUAAAAUUUUACAAAAAGUGCUGCUGUAAAUAAAAAUAAUAAUAAUAAAAAAAAACUCGUCUUUUGAGUAGUGUUACUUUCAGCGAAACUCUAAAUUUGCCACAUUCAGCUCCAUGGACAAUGCAGCAGAAAUAUUGUGCUAUUUACCUUCUAGAAAUUUACUUUACAGUUCUAUUUUUUUAAUACUCUUUCUCAGAAGUCCAUUCUGUACAUCAGGCAUUACAAGCCAACAUUUGUAAAGAAAGUUACUGUUUGGGGGAGAGGAGGGGAGUGUGGAAUAUAAAUGGUUAAAGUUGGUUUUAAAUUACAGAUGCAGUAUAUUUAGUGCAUGCACAAGUGUUUUCUGUUAACGAACAAGGCCAAGUUUGUGUUUUUGUAUGUAUUUUAUUAUUAUUCUUUUUUUUCCCUGAUUUUUUAAAAAUAUUUUGGGAUGUGCAGCAGAAUGCUCCGGGAGUGCAUCAAGUACACGUACCACUGACUUAGACGACCGGUUUCACAGACCACAAUCACAACUAAUCUCUGAAUAAGAUUAGUCCGAAUCAGGCUCUGCGAAACCACCUGAAUAACACCUACAUUACCAAUAGAUUCUGAUUAUUGAACAAUUAAUUUUUUUCUGUAAUGUAUAAAUGUUUUAUACCAUCCUUGAAUUAAAGGAGUGUGGAAUUGUGCGAUAUUACACCACUAAACCAUCUCUGGUCUACAUCCAUCUACAAAAUUGAAGUCCAUUUAAAGAGUUUGAGUUGUUUAAGGGUUCCCUGUAUAUAGAUGCAAACAUGCAUAUACAUUAUUUAUUUCUAAAUGUUUUUUUUAUUUUUCUGAAAUGAUGUUUUUAUAAUUAAUUAAAAAUGAUCUAAUUUUGUGGCGAGCAGUUAUUAAAAGGACAUAAUG